UAUCCCACAAUACAAUACAAUACAAUACAAGCCACUCAUCAGCUCCAAUCCCUCUGUUCCAAUCCUUGAAGUUGAAGAUGCAGUCGGCCUUGGCGGCGCACACCCUCGUCUCCGCCGCCGCUCCGGCGGUCCACCGCUCCCUCUUUCCGCCCAUCUCUACCUGCUCUGCUUCCCUUGAUUCCUCACGCAAUUCAUCGAUUCGGCUCAAUUCCUGCUUCCAUGGGGUCGCACUGAAAGCCACUGCUCCUUCAUUCUUAUCCGUCUCAGCCCCCACACCAAAUCGCCUAACUAUUGUAGCUGCAGCCAAAAAGGCCGUCGCCGUGCUCAAAGGCACAUCGGACGUCGAAGGUGUUGUCACUCUAACGCAGGACGGCGACGGUCCGACCACAGUGAGUGUUCGAGUAACUGGACUUACUCCAGGGAAGCACGGCUUUCAUCUGCAUGAGUUUGGUGACACUACAAAUGGAUGCAUAUCCACAGGACCACAUUUUAAUCCGAAUGGUCUGACACAUGGAGCUCCCGAGGAUGAAGUUCGUCAUGCGGGUGACCUGGGAAACAUAGUUGCUAAUGCUGAUGGUGUGGCUGAAGCAACAAUUGUCGACAGUCAGAUACCAUUAAGCGGUCCUAACUCUGUUGUUGGAAGAGCUUUUGUGGUUCAUGAACUUGAAGAUGAUCUUGGAAAGGGUGGUCAUGAGCUCAGUCUUAGCACUGGAAAUGCAGGGGGCCGUUUGGCUUGUGGUGUCGUUGGUCUGACUCCUCUCUAGAUCUCUUGUCUUUCAACGAGAAGUCAUCCGAAUGCUGUAUGCAUCCUUGCGAUGUUUUUGUUUUUCGAAUGGUUCAUAUAUAUAGAGAGAGGGAUGUGAUGGCAAAUGGAUGCUGUUGUGUUCAAGAUUGUUGUAGAAAAUAAACAGUCUGUUUGACAUUAACCGCACUGUAAUUUGGUGAUGAUUCAUUCAACACGGAAACUAUCUUUCGUGCCAGUGUGUUGUUUUUGAGCUUCACCGUUGUUAUUGAAGGAACGAAUAUCCGUCCGUUUAGCUUA